AUGUCUGCUUCUCUUUGGGUGGCCCGGGUGUUCACAAACGCCUGGACAGCUCACCUCCUCAGGGCUCCCCCGCCUGCAGCCCCCAUUGGACAGACUGAUCCUCACAACCCCUGCCUGCGCCCCCUGCCCCCCGACACCACACGUCAGAGUCCCAUAGAGACAGAGGGGCCGAGGCAGACGGCUGGGCAGGUGCUGGAGGGGACGGCAGGCGAGGCUUCCCAGCCAGGCCGGGCGGUCCCAAGGAGACUUUCCCAGGAGCCUGGCUCGUUCCAGCUCCAGGCUCAGGUGGUGACAGCUCUUCUCAGGCUGAAGGGCAGGCAGGGUGGGAGCCUGUCUGCCAAGCCGGCCUCAGAGCGGUCUGUGCAGGCUGCGCCCUCCGCCCUGGCCGCAGCCAUGGCUGUGCAGGUGCCCCUGUGGCACCAGUACCUGCAGGCCAUCCGCUCGCGGGGGGCGCCCCGGGCGCAGGACUUCCAGCGCGCCGAGGACGUGCUGCUCUCGGUGCUAGAACAGGUGCAUGCCCUGGACCCCCGCCUCCUCGUGGACUACUCCCGGGACCUGGAGGCCUUCCAGUUUGCCCCACCCCUCAUGGAGGUGCCCCAGUGGGUGGCCGCAGAGGCCCUCGUGACUGAGGAGGGGAGGGCAGGGCCGGCCUGGAUGCUGCCGCCGGGCGUCCCCGGGGAAGGGCCCGCUGAGCGGUGGGUGACAGACGAUGUCUUCAACACCCCGCAGGGCAGCGCCAAGUGCCGUGGCCACAUCAUGCCCAGCAAGGUCCUGCAGGUCCCCAAGGACCUUCUGGUGGUGGCCAUCGUGCACUGCAAGCACCACGGCCUCAUCACGUCAGGCUCUCUGAAUGCGGACAGCCUGAGGGAAGAGCAGCUCGGCCCGUCCCUGCUGGUGUCCAGCGGCUGGAGAACGAUCUGCUUCAACGUGGUGCCCAUGGUGCAGAGGAAGCUCAGGGUGCCCGCUCUGGAGCGGGCCCGGCUGGUGCCCGGCUUCCCCGAAGGCGGCCUGGAAAGGAUCAUCUCCGGCAGGGAGGGGCCGUCGUCCCGCUGCUCCCCGCACUCCGGGCAGGAGGACCUGCGGGGUCCCCCUCCCGCCUCUGCCUUGGCAACUAGCGGGGAGAUGUGCCCUCUGUGCCCCAGGAAGGGGGCUGUCUGUCAGGCAGCGAGGAAGGACUUGGAAGUACAGAGGGCUGCCCGGGACGGGACCCUUCACCACCCAGCCCAGUGCCUUCAGUUCAGCAAGUGCCGCUGGUGUGCAGUGCCUGAGCUCCGAGCCCUGCUGGAGGGCCAGAUUCCGAGUGUGCAGCUGCUGGGGGUGGGGCAGCUGGGCUUCUCAAACGGGGCCUGGAGUGGAGAUGUCACCCUGCCAGGCCGGGUGGCUCCACCCAGGCCUCUGCCCGCGGACCAGGAGCUACUGCUUCGCCCCGGGCCAGUCCCACUCUCCACUGACUACCUGCUCACCAGGCUGCUGGCUGUGCUGGGCUCCCUCCAGGGCCAUCACCUGGAUGGCCUCUCCAUCCUGGACCGGGUCAACCACGAGAGCUGGCAAGAAGGCGGCAAGGGCCUGGGCCUGACCCUCGGCCACCUGAAGAUGGUGAUGCUAUGGGGCAUGCUCUUCCUGGCACCCGAGGACUGGGCGGAGCUGCAGGGCGCCGUGUACCGCCAGCUCGUGGUGCUGCUCUGCUGUCUGGCCACCAGGAACCUGCUCCACUUCCUCUACCCCGAGUGGAACCUGCUGCAGGACUCCGGCCUGGACCUCAGUGCCCUCUCCCAGCGCGUGGAGCGCUUCGCCAGCCAGCCUGAGGCCUCCCUGCACGUCCGCGUCACCCACCUGGGCCGCAGCCCCCCGCCGCGAACUGGCAGUGGGGUCAAGGCGCUCCUGCAGCUGCCCGCCAGUGACCCCGCCUACUGGGUCACUGCCUACUUCAACGUCCUGCUGGACAAGUUCCAGGUCUUCAACAUCCAGGAUGAGGACCAGAUCUCGGCCAUGCAGAGCAUCUUCCUGAAGACCGAGACCCAGGGUGCCGAGAACUGCUGA